AAUUACAAAAUUGCUUCUCCGCCACUGAGAUGGACUAUUUGUUCUCAGUCUGGGAGAUAUUUUUGAGUCCCCGUUUCCAAACAGGGAGCCCAAGCAAACUGAUUCAGCUCGGUACUCACUAGAGGAAGGCUUUCUAGGGUUUAGAUUUAUGCCAGGUAUUAAGAGACUCGGAGGGACACCUCGCGGAGGGAUCUGGUUUGUUGUGGUGAGUGGGAGGGGAGACGCUGACAAACCAAGAUGGCGGCGGCGGCACUGGAGGCCGCGGCGGUUUUGAGGUUGCUGUAGCGGUGAGGGCUGCUGUAGUUGGAAAGCAGCGGCAUAGUUUGGGGAGAAACGGAGCAGAACGAAGAAGCGGUAGCAGCUGUGUCAACCUGAACCUUCAGAUCGCGGCAGCUACACGCCCCCUAGGUCCGCGGCUGGGCGAGCGGCAAGCUUAGGGGUGGCGGGCGGCGGGCGUCUCCGUGUAGGGCCUGAUCUCCGAGCAGUGCUUCGGCUUCAUCUAGCGGCGGCCGCCAUGAGUCCGUAAGGGCGGUUUGAGCCUUCCAGUCCUAGGACCCACCAUGGAGCCGGGGUCUGACGACUUCCUCCCGCCGCCAGAGUGCCCGGUUUUCGAACCUAGCUGGGCUGAGUUCCAAGACCCUCUUGGCUACAUCGCGAAGAUCAGGCCCAUCGCCGAGAAGUCGGGCAUUUGCAAGAUCCGCCCACCCGCGGACUGGCAGCCACCCUUUGCUGUAGAAGUGGACAACUUCAGGUUUACUCCUCGAAUCCAGAGGCUGAAUGAAUUAGAGGCCCAGACAAGAGUGAAACUGAACUACUUGGACCAGAUUGCCAAGUUCUGGGAAAUCCAGGGCUCCUCCUUAAAGAUUCCCAAUGUAGAGCGGCGGAUUUUGGAUCUCUACAGCCUCAGCAAAAUUGUGGUAGAAGAAGGUGGCUAUGAAGCCAUCUGCAAAGACCGUCGGUGGGCUCGGGUAGCCCAGCGCCUCAGUUACCCACCAGGCAAAAACAUUGGCUCCCUGCUGCGCUCCCACUAUGAACGCAUCGUUUAUCCCUAUGAGAUGUACCAGUCAGGAGCCAACCUGGUGCAGUGCAAUACACGCCCAUUUGAUAAUGAGGAGAAAGACAAGGAAUACAAGCCCCAUAGCAUCCCCCUUCGACAGUCUGUACAGCCUUCCAAGUUCAACAGCUAUGGCCGACGGGCCAAGAGACUACAGCCUGAUCCGGAACCCACAGAGGAAGACAUUGAAAAGAAUCCGGAACUGAAGAAGUUACAGAUCUAUGGGGCAGGCCCCAAAAUGAUGGGCCUGGGCCUCAUGGCCAAAGAUAAGACACUCAGGAAAAAAGAUAAAGAAGGCCCUGAGUGUCCUCCCACUGUAGUGGUGAAGGAGGAGUUAAGUGGAGAUGUAAAGGUGGAAUCAACAUCACCCAAGACCUUUCUGGAGACCAAGGAGGAGCUGAGUCACAGCCCAGAGCCCUGCACCAAGAUGACGAUGAGACUUCGGAGGAACCACAGCAAUGCCCAGUUUAUCGAGUCGUAUGUAUGCCGAAUGUGUUCUCGUGGAGAUGAGGAUGACAAGCUCCUGUUGUGUGAUGGCUGUGAUGAUAACUACCACAUCUUCUGCCUGUUGCCCCCUCUGCCUGAGAUACCCAAGGGUGUUUGGAGGUGCCCAAAGUGUGUUAUGGCGGAGUGUAAGCGCCCUCCGGAAGCCUUUGGCUUUGAGCAGGCUACCCGGGAAUACACUCUGCAGAGCUUUGGCGAGAUGGCCGACUCCUUUAAAGCUGAUUACUUCAACAUGCCUGUGCACAUGGUACCCACGGAACUUGUGGAGAAGGAGUUCUGGCGGCUGGUGAAUAGCAUUGAAGAAGAUGUGACUGUUGAAUAUGGGGCUGACAUCCAUUCCAAAGAAUUUGGCAGUGGUUUCCCUGUCAGCGAUAGUAAGCGGCACCUAACCCCUGAGGAAGAGGAAUAUGCUACCAGUGGUUGGAACCUGAAUGUGAUGCCAGUGUUGGAGCAGUCUGUACUGUGCCACAUCAAUGCAGACAUCUCUGGCAUGAAGGUACCCUGGCUUUACGUGGGCAUGGUCUUCUCAGCCUUUUGCUGGCAUAUUGAGGAUCACUGGAGUUACUCCAUUAACUACCUCCACUGGGGUGAGCCAAAGACCUGGUAUGGGGUGCCCUCACUGGCAGCAGAACAUUUAGAGGAGGUGAUGAAGAAGCUGACCCCUGAACUCUUUGAUAGUCAGCCUGAUCUCCUGCAUCAACUUGUAACCCUAAUGAAUCCCAACACCCUCAUGUCUCAUGGAGUUCCGGUUGUCCGCACAAACCAGUGUGCAGGAGAAUUUGUCAUUACUUUUCCCCGUGCUUACCACAGUGGCUUCAACCAAGGCUACAACUUUGCCGAGGCCGUAAACUUUUGCACUGCUGACUGGUUGCCAGCCGGACGCCAAUGCAUUGAGCAUUACCGACGGCUCCGAAGAUACUGUGUUUUCUCUCACGAGGAACUUAUAUGCAAGAUGGCUGCCUGCCCAGAGAAGCUAGACCUGAACCUGGCAGCAGCUGUGCAUAAGGAGAUGUUCAUCAUGGUGCAGGAGGAGCGGCGUCUACGAAAGGCCCUGCUGGAGAAGGGCAUCACAGAAGCUGAGCGAGAGGCUUUUGAGCUACUCCCUGAUGAUGAGCGUCAGUGCAUCAAGUGCAAGACCACAUGCUUCCUAUCUGCCCUGGCCUGCUACGACUGCCCAGAUGGCCUUGUCUGCCUUUCCCACAUUAAUGAUCUCUGCAAGUGCUCUAGUAGCCGACAGUAUCUGCGGUACCGAUAUACCUUGGAUGAGCUCCCUGCUAUGCUGCACAAACUGAAGGUUCGGGCCGAGUCCUUCGACACCUGGGCCAACAAAGUGCGAGUGGCCCUGGAGGUGGAAGAUGGGCGGAAGCGCAGUCUUGAAGAGCUGAGGGCUCUAGAGUCUGAGGCCCGUGAGCGGAGGUUUCCUAAUAGUGAGCUGCUGCAGCGAUUGAAAAACUGCCUGAGUGAGGCGGAAGCUUGCGUGUCACGGGCUCUGGGGCUGGUCAGCGGCCAGGAAGCUGGAGUGACUGGUCUACAGAUGACCCUAGCUGAGCUCCAGACCUUUCUGGACCAGAUGAACAACCUGCCUUGUGCCAUGCACCAGAUUGGAGAUGUCAAAGGUAUUCUGGAACAGGUAGAGGCCUACCAGGCUGAGGCCUGUGAGGCCCUUUCCUCACUACCCUCUAGUCCAGGGCUUCUGCAGUCACUAUUGGAAAGGGGGCAGCAGCUAGGGGUGGAGGUGCCUGAGGCCCAGCAGCUCCAGCGGCAGGUGGAACAGGCACGAUGGCUGGAUGAGGUGAAGCGCACACUGGCCCCCUCAGCCCAAAGGGGCACCCUGGCUGUCAUGAAGGGACUGCUGGUUGCAGGUGCUAGUGUGGCCCCUAGCCCUGCUGUGGAUAAGGCCCGGGCUGAACUGCAGGAGCUGCUGACCAUUGCUGAGCGCUGGGAGGAGAAAGCCCACCUCUGCCUCGAGGCCAGGCAGAAGCAUCCACCAGCCACACUCGAGGCCAUAAUCCAUGAGGCAGAAAAUAUCCCUGUUCACCUGCCCAACAUCCAAGCUCUCAAGGAGGCUCUUGCUAAGGCUCGAGCGUGGAUUGCUGAUGUGGAUGAAAUCCAGAAUGGUGACCACUACCCCUGCCUGGAUGACCUCGAGGGCCUGGUGGCUGUGGGCCGGGACCUGCCUGUGGGUUUGGAGGAACUGAGACAGCUCGAGCUGCAGGUGCUAACAGCACACUCCUGGAGAGAGAAAGCCUCCAAGACCUUCCUCAAGAAGAACUCUUGCUACACUCUGCUGGAGGUGCUCUGCCCGUGUGCAGAUGCUGGCUCAGACAGCACCAAGCGCAGUCGGUGGAUGGAGAAGGAGCUGGGGUUAUACAAAUCUGACACAGAGCUGCUGGGGCUGUCUGCGCAGGACCUCAGGGACCCAGGCUCUGUGAUCGUGGCCUUCAAGGAGGGGGAACAGAAGGAGAAGGAGGGCAUUCUGCAGCUGCGCCGCACCAACUCUGCCAAGCCCAGUCCGUUGGCAUCAACGACCACAGCCUCCCCAGCAACCUCCAUCUGCGUGUGUGGUCAGGUGCCAGCUGGGGUGGGAGCUCUACAGUGUGACCUGUGUCAGGACUGGUUCCAUGGGCGAUGUGUGUCAGUCCCUCGCCUCUUUGGCUCCCCAAGGCCCACUCCCACCUCAUCCCCACUGCUGGCUUGGUGGGAGUGGGACACCAAAUUCUUAUGUCCUCUGUGCAUGCGCUCACGGCGCCCACGCCUGGAGACCAUCCUAGCACUACUGGUAGCCCUGCAGAGACUGCCUGUACGGCUGCCUGAGGGUGAGGCCUUACAGUGCCUCACAGAGAGGGCCAUCAAUUGGCAGGGCCGGGCCAGACAGGCUCUGGCCUCUGAAGAUGUGACUGCUCUCUUGGGACGGCUGACUGAACUUCGCCAGCGACUGCAGGCUGAACCUAGACCAGAGGAGACUCCUACUUUUCCUUCCGCCCCUGCCUCUGACCCUCUCAGAGAAGGCAGAGGCAAGGAUAUGCCUAAACAGGUGCAGGGGCUGCUGGAGAAUGGAGACAGUGUGACCAGUCCUGAGAAGGUAGCCCCAGGGGAGGUUUCAGACCUGGAGCUGCUGUCUUCGCUGUUGCCACAGUUGACUGGUCCUGUGUUGGAGCUACCUGAGGGAACCCGGACACCCCUAGAGGAGCUCAUGCUGGAGGGGGACCUGCUAGAGGUGACUCUGGAUGAGAACCACAGUAUAUGGCAGCUACUGCAGGCUGGGCAGGCUCCAAACCUGGAGCGGAUCCGCACACUUCUGGAGCUGGAGAAGGCAGAACGCCAUGGGAGCCGAGCUCGGGGUCGGGCCCUGGAGAAGCGGCGGCGGCGGAAGGUGGAUCGGGGUGGGGAGGGUGAUGACCUAUCCCGAGAGGAGCUAGAGCCAAAGAGGGUACGGAGCUCAGGGGCAGAGGCCGAGGAGGCCCAAGAGGAGGAGGAGCUUGAGGAGGAAACUGGGGGUGAGGGCCCCGCCCAGUCCCUCCCCACUGCUGGCAGCCCAAACACCCAGGAAAACCAGACCGACUUGGAGCCAGCAGUAGAGGCCAGUUUAGCCCCUUCACCCCCUUUCUCCACUCUGAGUCCCCGGCUGCUUGUGCCCUGCCCACAGCAGCCACCUCAGCAACAGUUGUGACAGUGGCUGAGCCUAGAACAGAGAACCCCUUGGCCUCAAGGAUCCUCUUUCUGACCAUCAAGCCUGCUUCUUGGGAGAUGGGCAGGUGGGGAGGGGGGAUAGCCACCACCCACUUACCCCUCCCCCAAAAGCCCACCUCUGAGUCCCUUGACUUUUAUAUUCUGACUCCAAGCUAUUGUUCAGACCUCAGCUCCUGGGGGCCGGCCCCUGGAGUUCCCCUCCCUAGUAGCCUCUAACCAGCAUUCCCAGACACCUGAGGCAGAUAGAUGGAUGGGCAGGGGGUGGCUGGGGCUAGGCCAGCACCAUUCCAGAGACAAGGCCAGUGUGUAUGCCGACUGGGGGGAUCUCCUCUCUCCUUUCCCAGUGCUGGCCCUGGCCAGGCCAUGCUACACUAACCUCACCAACCCCUCUCACUCUUUCUUCUCCCCAUCCCCAUUCCUUUUCUUCCUGUCCCCUUCACCUUCCUAUGCCUUUCCCUUCCUUUCCAUGAUUUGGUCUACCCAGGAGGAGGAAACUUCACAUAGCUGUGCUUACAGUUUUUUUAUUUUAACCAGAUUUGGUUGGGGAGCUGAACAGGGCUCCCUGUGAUCUGAAGAAAGCUUCUGGUGCUUGUCCUCACAGCCACCUCAACCUUCCCUCCCUGUUCUACCUUGUCUCCUUUCCUCUUCCUGGGUUCAUGUUGUAAUAAAAGAUUGUUGGUGUGUAAUUAAUUUGUUCAAAAAGAAAAAAGGCAAAACAAAUUUGGUUCCAACUGAAGCCUAUUUUAAUUUUAUUUUAUUAUUUUCCUCUUGUUAGAAAUAAAACCCUUAGCAACAUUUUUGGAAACCUGUUUCUGAAGUGUAUUUCUCUGUGAAAGGAGACCAGUACCUCCAUCAUCUGUCCGUGGAGCAGCUACAGUGUGGUAGGGGGUGCGGGGACUGACCCGGCACUGUCGGUGAAUCCAGGGAGCUCUGGGUUCUGAAAGCAAGUUCUGUCAGACUCUCCUUCACCUUGGUUAUGACAUCCCUGAAUCUUCCCCACUCCCCCAUCUCCCAACAGGCUGGACCACUUACCUAUCCCAUUCAAUUUGAUGACCUCAGGCCUCAAAAGGGUGUUUGUUUAUUUUUGUUUUUCUGUUAUUUAGGAUAUAAUUUAUACACCAUAGAUAUUACCUGUUUCAAAAACACAAACCACUGAUUCAGAGAUGUUUCUAACAGAUGUGGUCACAUUGCUCUACUAUUGUUCAAAUAAUCCAUGAUGCUUUAUAUAUUGGGUUAUCAGAAAAGUCACAACGUAUUUGUCUGUUUUCCUAUGCAAAGAUGCGUCGUGACUUUUGAAACAACCCAAUAUUGUCAUUCUUUCUGGAAUGUUUCUAUCUCUUGUGCAUGUGCCACAUUUAGGGACAUUUCCCUGAUUUUUCUCCACAGUAAAGGGUCCUUUAUACCUAUUUAAAUGGGGACUAAAGCUCAGGUGUGUGUUCAUUUAUAAUUUCAGGCUUCACUUUUGAAAAACAGCUUUUUUUGCAGUUUACCACUGAACAGCUCACCUACUUAAAGUACACAAAAGACUAGGAGACAUUCUCAUCUUCCCCAGAGUAAAGUACACUCUAGGUAUCACCUCUCUCCCCCAUUUUCCUAACCCUAGAUUACCAUGAAUCUAUAUGGAUUUACAUGUUUCAGACAUUUUAUAUAAAUGAAAUUAUACAA